CUAGCCAACCGAUAUACACAGCGCCCUUCUCUCUCUCAUGGAUUCCCCUUCUAGCUCCUCCGUCAUCAUUGUCGGCGCCGGAGUCUCCGGUUUAUCGGCGGCGAAGGUAUUGAUCGAGAACGGCGUGGAGGACGUGGUGAUUCUGGAAGCUUCCGACCGUAUAGGAGGCAGGAUCCGAAAGCAGGAUUUCGGCGGUGUAUCGGUGGAGCUUGGCGCCGGUUGGAUAGUCGGAGUCGGAGGCAGAGAGUUGAACCCGGUCUUGGACCUCGCCCUGAAAUCGAAUCUCCGCACUAUCUUCUCCGAUUACAGUAAUGCUCGCUACAACAUCUACGAUCGCAGCGGGAAGAUAUUUCCUAGAGGACUCGUGGAAGAGACGUACAAGAAGGAAGUGGAGUCGGCGGUGCAGAAGCUGAAGAAGCUGGAAGCCGGCGGCGGCGAUUUCUCAAAUGUCACCGAACCGCCCACUACACAGAAAACGCCGAUAGAGCUCGCCAUUGAUUUCACCCUACACGAUUUUGAGAUGCCAGAAGUGGAGCCCAUAUCAACCUUUUUGGAUUAUGGAGAACGAGAGUUUUUGGUUGCGGAUGAGAGAGGGUAUGAGCAUAUGCUGUACAAAAUGGCCGAAGAUGUUCUCUUUACAUCUGAGGGUAAACUGUUGGACAGUCGUCUCAAGUUCAAUAAGGUUGUUCGGGAGUUGCAGCACUCAAGAAACGGCGUUACGGUAAUGACGGAGGAUGGUUGCGUCUUCCAAGCAAAUUACAUGAUUUUGUCAGUUAGCAUUGGUGUUCUCCAAAGCAACCUCAUUGCUUUCAAUCCACCCUUACCCAGGUGGAAAACAGAGGCUAUACAGAAAUGUGAUGUGAUUGUAUACACGAAGAUCUUUCUGAAGUUCCCUUAUAAGUUCUGGCCUUGUGGACCAGGACAAGAGUUCUUCCUCUAUGCCCAUGAGAGGAGAGGCUACUACACAUUUUGGCAGCACAUGGAAAAUGCUUAUCCUGGAUCCAAUAUGCUGGUCGUGACGUUGACGAAUGAAUCAA